AUGAAGGAGGUUUUAUUAGGGAGUGCUGUUGUGGAAAGGAAGCGAAAGAAGCAGAUUAGACAGAGGAAGAAAGUGGGCUGCAAUGUAACAUCAACACAUACCUCAGCCAAUCCUACUGGAAGUUCUGAAGAUGAGAUGAACAUUCAGGACUGCACAAGUUUAAGCAAGAGGAUGGAGUCUCUGUGUCUCCACAUCAGUGAAUCAUUGGAUACAAGAAACCUGGGAAGGGGAUGUGCUCUUGGACAACAUGAGCUUCACCACCCAUUCCACCACCUUCUCCACCAACUACUGAUCCCUGGGCUCAGUCCAGUUGCCCAGCCACCGGUUCCAGCUGUCCAGCAGCAUGACCAGCGUGUAUGUGGGUGCCGGGGCUCGGGCUCCCAGAUCACCGUGUCCUGCUCCUCUAGCUCUCAGGGUGGCUGGGGGUCCAGGGCCCUGGCCAGCGGGAUGGCCAGGGGUCUGGUGGGAAUGGGGAGCAUCCAGGGUGAGAAGGAGACCACGCAAGCCCUGAAUGACUGCCUGGCCUCCUACCUGGACCAGGUGAAGAGCCUAGAAACUGAGAAUCAGAGACUGGAGGGCAAAAUUCAGGAACACCUGGAGAAGAAGGGACCCCAGGUCAGGGCCUGGAGCCACUACUUCAAGAUUAUUGAGGAACUGAGGGCUCAGAUCUUUGAAAUUUCUGUGGACAAUGCCCUCAGCGUUCUUCAGAUUGACAAUGCCCGGCUGGCUGCUGACGACUUCAGAGUCAUGUAUGAGACUGAGCUGGCCAUGCGCCAGUCUGUGGAGAGUGACUUCCAUGGGCUCCGCAAGGUCACUGAUGACACCAACGUCACUCGUCUGCAGCUGGAGAUAGAGAUUGAGGCUUUCAAGGAGGAGCUGUUCUUCAUGAAGAAUAGCCAUGAGGAGGAAGUAAAGGGCCUACAAACCCAGAUUGCCAGCUCUGGGCUGACGAUGGAGGUGGACACCCCCAAGUCUCAAGACCUCAGCAAGAUCAUAUCAGACAUCCGAAUCCAGUAUGACGAGUUGGUUCAGAAGAAAUGA